CAACUCUUUUCUGUUACUAGGAUUUUCUUCAAGUCAGACACAACCGUGGAAGUAGCUGUUUUUUGUGUACUGGUUAUCAUUGAAGAAUCACCAAUGGCAUCAGGGGUUAUCAUGCAUCAUCUUACAGUGGACACCUGGAGAAAAUUGAUACAUUUACAGCUUAUAACCUCAAAUGUACAAUUUAAGGGUAAAAGAACACGGACCCACAGAGCACCCCUGGUGUUCAGAAUCAGUAAUGCAAGAGAAAACUUUCUGCUUUUCCCCCUGAAGAAUGCAUUUGCCCCUUCAAGGAUCUGAUGUUGUGUCUCACCCGGGAACAUGAACAACACUUGCAUCUCACACACAGCUAACCUUACCAUGACUCCUCUCGGGGGUCAUCAGGUUUGGGAGGUGGUUCUGAUCGUGCUCGUGACUGGACCCCUGUCUCUUAUCACCAUCCUGGGCAACUCCUUAGUGGUCAUCUCCGUCCGGGUCAACAGUCAGUUACAGACCAUCAGUAACUACUAUCUUCUGAGUCUGGCGGUGGCAGACUUGAUCUUGGGUACGGUGUCAAUGAAUCUAUAUACUGCAUACAUAAUCAUGGGCCGCUGGACACUGGGACAUCUAGCUUGCGAUCUGUGGUUGACACUUGACUAUGUAGUGAGCAAUGCAUCAGUAAUGAACCUGCUGGUCAUAAGCUUCGACAGAUACUUCGCAGUCACACGACCACUGACUUAUCGAACAAAGCGAACUCCGAAGACAGCAGCAGCAUGGAUCGCUCUCGCAUGGGUGGUGUCGUUUGUGCUAUGGGGCCCUGCUAUCUUGUUUUGGCCUCAUGUGGUUGGACGACCAUCUGGAGCUGAAGCCCAGGCCUGUUCUAUCCCAUUCUUGAAGGUUCCUCCACUUGCUUACGGUACUGCAUUCGCUGCAUUCUACCUACCAGUCACUAUCAUGAUCAUUCUUUAUUGGCGAAUUUAUUGGGAAAUUGAGAACAGAGCAAAAGGACUCGCUGGUUUUGUCGGGGCUGUGAAGAACCCUAGAAAUGUUUUGGAUGGGUUGGACAAACAUUCAGUGCAUCAAACCAGUACCAAGAGCAACUUAAGUCGCUCAAAGGAAACAAAUUGGAGAAAAGGACAAGGUAAAACCAAAGACAAGUCUGUUGGGUGUUUCAAUUCAACGGAAAACAAAACUGCAGCCAUUUUGCAGAAGUCAGCUCAUGAGAGUUACAAGGCGGCUUACAGCAACAGUAACUGGAACACUAGAGACGAGGACGACAGCGCCUUGUCCUCUUCGACAGACGAGGAACAUGAGCAGAACAUCAAGGCGAGAGCAUCUUCAUCCAAUCCAACUGCAACUGAGUUGAAGGAUCUGCAAAGUAGAACGGAGGACACCAAAGAUGUGCAAGAGUUCAACUCAUCAGCUGGAUGUCCCACCAGACUCCAGUUCCACUUAAAACCACCCCAAAAGUCAGACCACAGCAUUUGCCACCAGCUCAGAGCUAAACAUCGCAUCAAUAUGAUCAUUAAAGAGAAAAAAGCGGCCCGGACACUAAGUGCCAUCUUGUCGGCUUUCAUCCUCACGUGGAUGCCAUACAACAUCAUGGUUUUGGCUUCCAUUUCAUACUGUGUGCCAGAAAAGCUCUGGCAGCUGGGAUACUGGCUGUGUUAUGUAAACAGCACGGUCAACCCCAUGUGCUACGCCCUCUGCAACGAGUCCUUCCGGGUCACCUUCAAGGCACUGCUACUUUGUCGGUGUGGAGAUAAACGAAAGUGGGACACAAACAGCUGGAAUCGCCAUGCCUCUAUGAGCCAGAAUAAGUCUUGCAGUAACGUGUAAUCGUUCACUCUGUCAUUUAUCAUUUUAUAGCACGGGUGCUUUUAAUUGCUCAAUGAUCCAGAAACAGUGCUUCAACAGGCAGACACUUUUUUUCUAGGGAAUAAUAUAGAGUUUGUGUUAACUCUGAAUAUGACUUCUGAUUCAGAUUGACUUCUAUAUUUGAAAGACUUUGUGCAUGCCUCUGCUUUUAGACAUUACACUGUCACUGUAAAACUGCUCGCUUCUGAAUCUUGUCAGACACUAAUGGGAAGUUACUUAGCCUUGUGGUCUGUAUGUCUUUGGCUACAUCAAAUGUUGUAAUAGUACUUUAAGAUCCAACAAAAAUAAAAAUCUAUGGCAUGUUAUUUUAAAAUGCCUAGACACAAUUAUUAAAGAAAACAUUUAGCAGCCACUUGACAACAACAAUAUUGAAAACUUCUUCUGAUGAUUUGUUGAAUGUGCUUAUUAAAUAAUACUUUCAAAAUAAAUAUAAAUUCAAUAAAUAAAGAUCUAUUUUGUAAAUAGCAAAAGUAGUGGUUCUCAAAAAAGGGACAGGGGCUUAAAAGGGGACCUCAGCAAAUUUCCAAGAAAUACUGAAGACGACUUAAAAACAAGCGUUAAACCCAGUCAAGAUAUUUCUUAAUUCACCCUAAAACAUUUGGAAUUUGAAUCUAAUUCUAAUUAUUUUAGUUCUAAUUGAUUUUAGUUGAGUUUAAUCUGUGGACACUCCUAAUUUCAGUAAAUUAAAUAGGGGCUUUAUGUAUUAAUUGUAAAUGUACAAAACACAGGUACUGAACAAGUUAACAAGAACUCAUGAACACAACAUAUACAGUUAUG